AUGAAAGAACCGCAUGAAUCUAGAAACCUGCCAGAGACUCCUCGAAAUCAGUACCGUACCCCGAGAACGCCUAAUACACAAGGUCUUCCAACAACUACCACGAAAAUCACCGCGCGAAACCGAUCACCACAGUCAUCGACAUCGGCGAGUACUCGUAAACGAACAUCACUGUCACGAGUGCAAUCUACUCUCACACAGAUUGACUUUGUGACACAAUCCACACCUACGAAUGAUGACCAGCUUGGCUACAUCGACGAGCAUCAACGUCGUAGCGAUACUCAAGAUACCAAUGAGCGGCCAACUGUAGAUGAUGCGUCCGACAAGGAUUCAGACUGCCUCCCUGCUCCACCAGCUCGGUCAGCUCGUAUCUCGAAAUUCAAGAUGAGCGAACGAGAUCGCAAUACGGACGAACGCCCACAGAAGCGGAGAAGCUCUGCAAUCGUCAAUCGAGAGACACACCGAGGCCAAGGACCACGAAAAAGCGAGACACCAAGGGCGAGUGUUCGUCCUAGGGGUGGUCGAAAAUCCCUGGAAAAGUCAGUGGGAAAACGGGACAAGACAUUGACCCAGAUGGACUUUGUACGACGUUAUAUUACCAUCGAUGAUGAUGACGACGAGGUGAACAUGGGGUAUAUCCAGCCGACACCGCAAAAGACGGACACAAAAGGUAAACAGACAGAUCAUACGCCCAAAUUGAAUCAAGCAAAGCCUACGAAGCGUCAUACCCCCGCCAAACGAAAGCACAGAGUCUUUGAAGAAGAGCUGGAUCUCUCAACCGGGGAACCUAUAUCUCAGCAAGACGAAACACAAGACUCAAGUAUCGGAAGCGCAGCUGAGGGCAAACAGGCAUCUGCAGCUCCUGUUACACCACGGAAGCUUCGGACGCGCGAGAUACCUUCUUCACAGACACCGGAAAGCCCUGGUCUAGCUAUUAUAACCUCAUCUCAAUUUCGCAGCGCUACUCGCUCUCCUUCAAAACGGAACCCGUCAAAUACCAACAUUUAUCACAUGCAAUCCAUCAAAGAAGAACCGCUGGAAGCUCGGCAAGUGAUUGAGGAUUCACAAGACCCAGGAGGCGAAUCUUUACCACGGCCAACAACAUUGGAUUCUCCAAGCAUCAAUCACACUCUGAUCCACCCCGAUCCAACUCUUACUGAGCAAUUUCUUUCAUCUGCACCUCCGACGGAGUCGACUGACCAGGAAUUGCCCACCCAAGUAAACGGAAACCCGAGAAAUGAAUACACUAAGACGGAGAGGACAGUUGUCUAUGAAACUGAUGCGGAUUCAGAAUACGGAGACUUUGAGGAUAGCCUCGAUAGGCGUUCCGUGACACCAUCCCCAAAGAAACCACACCGAGCAAUUGGCCCACCGGACGGCUCACAGGGGAUCCAACACAGCCCAGAAUCGCCCAAGGAUGAUUCCCAAGACCUUCCCCUACCAGCUGUGCAAUCAAGCCCUGGAUUAGAUGACGCCCCUCUAUCCGAAGGUCCAAUGUCUGAUGCUUCAAUUUACUAUCAAAGAAUGCACGCAGCUACACAAUUCCCGCACGAGCCAAUUCCAACGCUAAAUACGCAGAAGAUGUCUGAGCUAUUCCCCCAUGGAGGCAGUACCCAGUACACCAAUCUGGAGCCAUGGAGGCCUUCUCUUCAAAAACAGGCACCGGGGCUGUCCUCACAGACACACACGCAGAGCCAGGAAGGCGAAAAAGAGUCUACUGAAAUGGUUCCGGAGUCGUCGCCCAUCCGGGAACGAGAACGUAGGAUCGAAAUAAGCAAUGGUUCGUUCCAACGGCCUCGUGUUCCUGGCUCAGUGGUUCAAGUUGAAUCCUCGCAGGCGGUGGACCGAGAUCCCCAAUGGCAGGGCCGAGUCCUCUCUCGCAGUCAGCUUCUUACAUCGAGCGUCAUGGAGAGCAUUCCGCUCCCAAACUUUUGGAUGGGAAGUCAGGAUAGUGUGGGAGAGCCUUAUAGCUUACCUGAAGGAUGA